AUGAGUAAGAAUGCCGCUUCUACUAAAGCUUACAAACUUAGGACAAAAAACAAGGUUGAGCUUCAGCAAUUGCUCGAAGAGCUCAAGCAGCAGCUAGGCACCUUAAAAGUUCAAAAGAUAGCCGGUGGAGCAGCCUCGAAGCUGACCAAGAUCCGUGAAGUUCGUAAGGAUAUUGCACAAGUCAAUACAAAAAUAUCUCCCGCUCGAUCUUCGACAAAAGAAGACUCGUGCCAUUCGUCGUCGAUUGACAAAGCAUGA